CAAGUUGCCAGCAACCAUACCUUGGAUCAGCUAGCUGUAAACUGUCCAGUCAAGAUUAUGAAGCAAGAUCACAUUGUGUUUGUGUUAUUGCAAAUCGACGUUGACUUUCGGUAUCUCAAAAGUAACAACAUUUUGGUCUCAUAUUUCUACCAUUUCUUCUCAAAGUAAUUUGCUUUUAGAUUCUGUAUUUAUAUAGCUUAAUUAGUUUAUUGCUCAUGCAUACUUUUCUGAAUAUAGCCUUAUUUACUUAACAGUGUGUAUUUCAGUAAUCCUUGUAAGCCUCCAUUGCUACUGCUCCUCAUGAUCAAUAUAGCUCAAUUAUCCACUAUUUGUGCAUAUGUUGCCAACCUUCAGAAUAUCUAAAUCUUGUCCUAGAAAACAAACAAAAGGAGAGCCACAUGGGUACGCUUUCCCAGUCUUGAAGCUAUUCCCCUGUGACUCUGUAUCACAUCACUGUGUGCAUGCCACAGUACGGAUUGCACCUUUAACGCAUCACUUUUAAUGCAGAGGUACAUGAAUAUCCAAGUGAUUGAAUGCGCAUGCCCGAAAAACAAUUGAGCUUCAGCCACCACGAGAAGACUGGCAUUGACUUGAGAUGGCUUGCCUUCCCUGCUCUCUCUCUCUCUCCAAGACAUUAAACUAUUUUGAUCAUCUCAUAUCCUGAAGUGCACAAAAUUUUGAGUCCAUAGUCCAUCUAAACUGAGAUUUCCACCAUACUUGCUAUCGCAGGUGCUUGGCUUCUGGAAUGAUCGAAAAAAGAGGGAGCAAUAGACGAAAGAGUUUAAGUACAGAGAGGUGGACAAGAAUAUAGCUGUUCCUUUGGAUUAAUGCUUGCUCUGUCAAAGCAUUUCUUUUAAUCUCUGUGAGCAUAUAUAGCUUAGUUUGCUGGUGGUGGGCUUGCUACUAUACUGCUCAGGCAUUUCUGAAUAUAUCCUUAUUAUUGUUAUUACUUAACAGUGGGUGUUUCACAAACUGUAUGUGCAUGUGCUUAAAAUUCUAAACAUGCUGCCAUCCAUGUUAAUUUUUUUGACUCGUCAUCCAUGUUAUUUUCAAACCUUCAGAAUUACUAAACCUUCUCCUAGAGAAUACCUUGUUAAAAACAAGAGAACAAAACAAAAGGAGAGACACAUUAUGGACUCUGAAGCAAGCAGGCAGAACCUUGGUAUGUCCAACGGUUUUAUGGCUCUGCUGCCGGGCAGAACUCUGCUUGGUUGCACUUGCACAUGCGUAGGCAGUAGGCUGUUGAAGGCUUCAAGGCAUUGGCUCUGUGCCUCUGUAUCACUGUGUGCAUGCCGUGCCACAGUAUGGAGACCUAUGUCAUCAGAGUGAUGCGAUGUGCAUGCCGGAAAAAUAAUUGAGCUUCAGCCACCACGAGAAGACUUGCAUUGACUUGGCUUGGAGCUUCAGCUGGCUGCCUCCCCUCUUGAGAUGGCGUCAACAGGACUAGCUUGCAUUCUCUGCUCUCACCAAGCCAUGACUCUGCUUUGGUGAUUUCAGAUCCUGAAGCAACCCCACAAGGAGGAGGUCACCACAGGUCCAGAUCUACAUCGAUUAAAGGUCAGGUAUGGUGGCUGUUCUUUGGAUUUGAUGGGUACCUCAAGUUGAAGAUCGAAGCCAGCUACUCUACUUGUCAUCAACAACAAGCCUAGCACACUCUCAGCCACACCCAUGACUCCAUGAUGGGUCAGGAUCUCCAUGAUUCGCAAAUGCACUAGGAGGUCGCCAACAUGGAUCAGAUCUAAGCCAUUUCGAGGCAGCACCAGUAAGCAGGAUAAAGAUUUCUCUUGGAAGGACAAGCUUCUUAAUUUGUGACGACUUCAAGGUCUGGCGAGCGGGAAGUGGUCAUUCUGAUAAAACUGAGGAGAGUAUAGAACUGCACCAUCACCCAACAGUGGGACAUUAGCAAUUCUCAAAGUAAUGGCGGAGAUUGUGAUUUUUCUAGCCAUUAAAAAGAUCGGAAUUGCCUUGGCAAAGGGAGCGGCAGACCAGGCUAGCGUGCAGUUUGCGAAGUAUGGCACACAACUACUAGAGCUGCAGAGCACCAUGGGCCGUCUUGCUAGUGAGCUUCGUGUAAUUCAUGAUGUUCUCUGUCAAAUGGACAUUCGAAACCGCAACAAUCAAGUAUAUGAGGGUUGGUUGGAAGAGGUACAGAAAGUAGCACAUGUAAUGGAUGAGUACUUGUAUCUAGUUGGUCAAGAACAUGAUAUAGGUUGUUGCUUUUUCCUGAAGAAAGGGGUUAAAAAGCCAAGAUCUCUGCUUUCCUUCAACCGGUUAGCUCUCAAGGUGAAGGAAACAGAGAAACACCUCACCCACCUGUCAGAGAUAAAAAACCGAUGGGUUACCCUGAUAAAUAAUGGGGAUACUAACAGCUCAAAUUACAUUGUCAAGAGAUCCCAAGAUCUAGCAAAUAUUUCACGCUCCCUAGAUGAAGAAGAUCUAGUGGGGGUGGAUGAAAACAGAGGAAAACUCGAGCAGUGGUUGGCAGGUGAUGAUUUCGAAUGCUCUGUGAUAGCUCUGCUCGGAAUGGGAGGUCUUGGUAAAACUGCUUUAGCUGCAAAUGUUUACAAGAAGGAGAGGGAUAAAUUCCAAUGUCACGCUUGGGUCUCCAUCUCUCAAACUUAUUCUAGAGAACAUGUCUUGAGGAUUAUAAUCAAGGAAGUUUGUAAAGAUAAUGCUAGUGUGUUAUCUAGCACUGUGGCUAUGGACAUUGUGUGCCUUGAAGAGACACUGACAAAAUUUCUGGAGCAACGAAAGUAUUUGAUCAUAUUGGAUGAUAUUUGGACUCUGGAAGCAUUUGAUGAUUUGUCCAGGAUGCUUACUCAUAAUGGUAAGGGCAGUAGGUUGAUCAUCACAACAAGAGAAGGCGCUGUUGCUGCACAUGCCUCUCGAGGACAUACCAUAACAAUGGAAGCUUUACCCGAAGACAAGGCAUGGGAUCUAUUUUGUAAGAAAGCCUUUCCAAGAGAAACAAAUCAUGAAUGUCAUGCAGAGUUGAAGCCUUUGUCCGAAGAAAUAGUUAGCAAGUGCAAAGGCUUGCCUCUUGCUGUUGUGUCCGUUGGUAGCCUCUUGUGUGUGUGUGAGAAAACCAUGGAAGAAUGGAGAAGAGUAAAUAACCAACUGAGUUGGGAGAUAAAUAAUAAUUCGAGGCUUGGCCACAUAAGGAAUGUUUUGCAUCUGAGCUUCAUCUACCUUCCAACACACUUGAAAAGUUGUUUCCUAUACUGCAGCUUAUUUCCAGAAGACUAUCUUUUUACAAGGAAAAAGCUUUUACGGUUAUUGACAGCAGAGGGAUUCGUUAAGGAGAGGGGUAGAAACACAUUAGAGGAAGUUGCAGAAGGCUAUUUAAAGGAGUUGAUUGACAGAAAUAUGCUACAACUUGUUGAGAGGAACUCAUUUGGUAGGAUGAAGAAAUUCAAAAUGCACGAUAUCUUGCGUGAGUUGGCAGUGGAGUUGUGCCAGAAGAACUGUUUUGGUGUUGCUUAUGGUGGUGAACGCAAGGGCACUCUUGAGAUGGAUGGACGCCGAUUAGUACUCCACAAACUAAUGAAGGAUAAUCCUGAGCCAGUUUAUGGUAUACACCAACUUCGUACUGUCAUUACACUAGACAAUAGCAUGCCAUCAUUCACUCUACUACCUCUGCUAUGUAAGGAGUCAAGAUAUCUGACGGUGUUAGAAUUAAGUGGUCUACCCAUCGAGAAGGUUCCAGAUGCUAUUGGAGAUCUUUUUAAUCUCCGCCAUUUGGGUUUGCGCCAUUCAAAAGUGAAGAUGCUCCCAAAGUCUGUAGAGAAGCUUUCUAAUUUGUUGACACUGGACCUUUGUGGAUCUGACAUACAUGAGCUGCCUAGUGGGGUUGUGAAACUGAAGAAGCUCAGACACUUGUUUGCUGAGAGAGUAAUUGAUGCAGAAGGGAGAGAUUUUGAAUGUCGGAGUGGCAUGUGUAUCCCCAAAGGUCUUGGAAAUCUAAAAAACCUACAGACUCUUCAAGCAUUGGAAAUACAGGAUGAGUCUGCUAGACAUUUAGGUGAGCUGAGGCAAAUGAGAAGCUUGAGGUUAUUGAAUGUGAAGGAAAUCUACUGUAGACGCAUCGGUGAGUCUCUAAUUCAGAUGAGGUAUCUGUCCAACCUAGAUGUGAAUUCAAGUGAUGAGAACGAGGUUCUCUUGCUGAAUGCCCGCCUGCCAAGCCUGCAAAGGCUACGUCUGAGAGGACGACUAGCAGAAGGGGCGUUGGACGAGUCUCCUCUCUUCCAAGCUGAUGGGGGCCAGAAGUUGUAUUCAUUGGUUCUAUCUUGGUCAUAGCUGAGAGAAGACCCCCUGCCAUCCCUUUCUCGGUUGUCCAACUUGACGGAGCUACGUUUCACCAGAGCAUACAACGGAGAGCAGCUGUCAUUUCUCACGGGUUGGUUUCCCAAGCUGAAGGUUCUCUCUCUAAGAGACCUGCCUAAUCUGAGUCGUCUAGAGAUACAGCAAGGUGCCAUGGCGAGCCUGGAGGAACUAUACUUAGUCAACCUCAGCAGCAUGACGGAGGUGCCGGCUGGCAUUGAGUUCCUCACGUCCAUCAAGUAUCUAGGCUUUCACCAGAUCAGCAGAGACUUCUUGACAUCCCUGCGCCAGUGUUCUACAAUCCAAGGAGGGAUACUCUCACGGGCGAAGUAUUCCCUCCGAGAUUGACCUGCUACUCUGGUCAGGAAAUGUGCAUGUAGGUCAAGGAAGGAAUGAAGAUGCUUCACCAACGAGUUAAGGCGGCCUUGGAUCUCACUCAAUGCUGCUGAUCUGCUGUACAGUCCGGGUUUCCUCUGCUGUUCCGGAAUGUCCAACCGUGCGUCUCCACCAAUUGUUGCUACCUCCACUACAGUGCUUCACUUCUGCUACUACUGCUGCCUACUGCUGCUAGGUUCGUGCCAUUGUGUGCUUAUCAUUUGUGAUAAUAAGACGGCACUUAUCGUGAGACUGACUGCGAGCAAUUUAUGUUUCCACAUUCAAACUACUUUACAUAUGUACUGCUAUUUGUGUGUGCAUAUUGUAAGACAGACUUGAGUCGUGUUUCCAUUUUCAGACUUUUUCGCGUGUGCUAGUUGGGAACAAUGUAUGAUCUCGCAUAUUUCAAUUGUGGCUGUUAAACGAAAGUAUCGGCUUGUGAUUUAUAAUCCUCAGAUAUUCAUCUUGAGAGAAUUGGCUUGUGAUUCAA